AUGGAAGGUAGAAUUUUUGUUGAUACGCAAUCUGCAAUAAAUAAAUGCAUUCGAUUCAAAAGAAAUUAGCUCUCUAAUUUUCUCUCUCUCAUGAAAAUUUUAUUUAUAGGGUUUGAUUUUAUCUCGAAAAUGUCUGCACAGCACAGCAGUUGAACUUCUAUUAGCAUAGGGCUAGGGCACUGCUCCGAGUUUGAUACUGAUCAGGGUUGCAAUUAUUUAUUUGGAAUGGUCGACAUUUGGAUCAGAAAUGCUCUGACGUUACCAUUUGGCUCAGAGCCUUUAGUUACCUUACGCACUUUAAUUAAUCAUAAUAAAUACGCAAUCUGCAAAUGACAUGCUAAAUAGCGACUCAGCAUACAUUAUUGAUUCAACUCUCCUAAAUAAUGAAGACUCAAGACGCAAAUUUAUCCAAUGCCGAAUAAGAGGUGCUAAAUAUUUUAACAUUACAGAAAUCAGAGAUACAACUGCUUCAAUAUCAUUAGCUUGGCCUACAGCAGCUCAAUUUGCUGAAGCAAUGGUAAAAAUUGAGAUCCCGAAUAAUGGGAAAAGUGUCAUUGUUUAUGAUCAAACCGGAAUUGGAACUGCUUCCAGAGCAUGGGUAAUGCUAAAAUAUUUUGGCUAUCCAAAUGUUUUCAUUCUUGACGGCGGACUUCCUAAAUGGCUAUCAGAAAGAAGACCCACUGAUACUGGAGAAUAUCUAAUAACCCACUCACUGCCAGUAAACCCAUUUCACUAUAUAACCUCUGAACAUCACGAAAUGAGAGCCCUCAUAAACACCGUUGAACAAGUUGUAAAUCAGCUAAAAAACGGAGAUUUAAGCACUACCAUUUGGGACGCUCGACCUCCUAAUACAUUCCAAAAUGGCAGCGUCCCUGGCGCAAUAAAUUUCUCAGCCUCAAAUUUUUUUAACGACGAUAAAACAGUCAAAUCCCAAGAUGAAGUCCGUUCCCUUCAUUCCCAAAAUGGCUUGUCCAAUGGAGUUAUAACUUCCUGUUUUAAAGGAAAUUUCGCUUCAUUAGCAUAUGUAUUGCAAAAAUACGCGGGAAAUGAUAACGUUCGGGUCUAUACAGGGUCAUACGAAGAGUGGAAAAAGCUUAAAGGUUAA